UCUUUCAUUUCAUUUGAAGUACUUUUGUACCACAGAAAAAUAACACAUAUGAUCUUUCACAUCAAUUAUUAGUAUUUUACCCGCCAUGAUUUUUGACGUGGAGUACAACUAGUGUUUUAUAGCGAAAAGCCCAAAGCGGAAACGGAAGUGCUGCGUGUUUGCCGGCUGCGGGCUUGACGCGCGCUUGUAGUCCGUAGUUGGAAACGUGUUGUACUCCGAUAUGACGUGGAACAUGAAUCAAAUAGAAUGUGAAGAUGGGGGACGAGGAGGACGGUGCAGGUGUCUUCGGUCACGUGAUGUUUGCAGGUUGUGCUGAUCCUCCAGUAGCUGCAGUUGGCCCGCAUUUGUCUCCCAUGACUUGCCUUUGAAGAACCAGUGGUGCUGGUCCCAGACGGGAUGCCGCAGACAGCCAGUCACUAUGACUGUGUUAGAGUUGUGGCUGUCACGCUCCAUCCCCAUGUGCCUGCUCCUCCAGAGCCUGGUACUCAUGGUCCUGUGUUUUCCUUCGGCCAGCAUGUGUCCCAGAGGCUGCAACUGUCAGCGCGACCUCCACCUUCAUGGGCUCAAUGUCAGCUGCAGUCAGUCCCGGCUCAAAGAGAUCCCUCCCAGCCUGCCGGUGGACACGGUCUUGUUGAGGCUGGACCACAACCAGAUAGACAGUGUUCCCGAUCAGGCUUUCCACGGACUUUGGCUUUUGAGAGAGCUCAACCUUUCCUACAAUACCGUGGAGACGCUCGGAGAUGGCGCGUUCAGCGGCAUAGAGGCAACGCUCCAAGUGCUGGACCUGUCCCAUAACCGCAUCACCAGUGUGCACAGGGAGGCCUUUUCCCGCCUCAAGGCUCGCGUUAUCAUGGACGAUAAUCCCUGGCACUGCGACUGCGCCCUCCAGCAGGCCAUCGGCGGGAUGGCCCACAACCACGAAUCCACCACUCGGGUUUUGUGCAGGAGCUCUGAGCUUCGGGACCAGGAGGGACGGCCCUUCCUGGCAGUGGCCGGCGAUCUCUGCAACGUCACCAAAAGGACAACGGACUACGCCAUGCUGGUGACCAUGUUCUGUUGGUUCGCCAUGGUCAUUUCAUACGUGGUCUAUUACGUUCGUCAGAACCAGGAGGAUGCCAGGCGACACCUGGAGUACCUCAAGUCUCUUCCCAGCAAGCCCAAGAAAGCAGAAGAGGCUGACGACAUAAGCACUGUGGUCUGAGGGGAGCCUCCAACUGUCCCGUGAAGAUAAGGCUUCUUCCUGCAAAUAUCGCUUGUGUAAUCGUCUUACUUGUCUUCGUGGUCUUGAAUUUCACACUCGGCUUCAACAUUUACAGUCCGGCUUAAGAAACCAAAUGAGGGUCCAACGACACGUUAAGAUUUGUAAUCUUUUCUAAACGGUUGGACUAAAACCUUGAACACUCAAGCUGUCUUCAGCCAACGUGCAAAAGCCAAAAAGCAGUGAAGUUGUCACGUUGUGUAAAUGUGCUUUCUGUCAUUGUGCUAAUUCAAGGAUGGCGUCAGAGAAACUUCCAGAAGACAAAGCCGAGUGGGAGUUUGUUUCCAGAAGGAGCAUGAUCUUGUAUGACCAGGAACUUAUUCUGUAUUUUAGUGGUUCUUAUCGUUUAUUUUUUUGUCACACUUUCGUUUUGCUUGCAAACAUGUGGAGGCGGCAUGUGAAAAAAAGUACUAAAGUCAACAAAUACUGGCCUCAAGUUUCAUACAUGGUCAAUUAGAAGAAGAAAAAAAAAAUCAUUUUUCUACACUUGACCUUCUUGUCUUAUAAUGUUGGCUAACAAAGAGAAGAAUUCAAUUUAGGUCCAAAUGUUGUUUUAAAAUACUUGUUUUUAUUUAAUACAGUUUGAUUUAAACAAAAAUAAAACCGAAAAGCAUUUGUAAUAUUUUUAUUUGUAUAAGAAAUGUGACUUUUUGUCUAAAGUCCUUAUUUUAUUUGACUUUGAAACGACCUUGUGACUUUUGCACUUCCUGUAGCUGUACGUCGUUGUGGAAAGAUGGCAGCUCACCUCUUCGUGGAGACUCACCAGUACCUUGUUGUGUUUUAAU